UGCGUUCGAAAACGCGCCGCUCGAGUUGCAUUUGUUCCACAAGGUCAUUUGGGCAUGGUCAAAUUCUUGAACGCCUACACCGAUAGAUUCACUCACUGGAUGUUGCUCCAACACAAACGUUUGUCGCUUCUCAAAUAAGAGUAGGACAAAGUCUGUACUCUGUAGCCGCUGCUUGCCAGCUGACGUACUUCAAUAACUCCACUUUCUUAGUGGCGAACCGAGUAGCUAUUCGCUGCACUAAAGAGAGUUGACGCGGAAUUCUUGGCACGUCGAGUGGACGCCACCAUUCUUUCGCUGUGAAGGUCUGGGCCAGCGACAAGGCAUUCCAAUAUUGGACGUGCCCAUGUCCAUCAUGGAUAAUCCUCUCAAGGCGUCCGCACGUCUUAUCACAUGCAGGACUAUAGUUCUCAUGCUUGUCAUGUCAGUGUGCACCAGGGCACAACAAUGCCCGUCACCAUGCACCUGUCCAGCUCCUGAUACGGUGCACUGCCAUGAUCGCAGUCUAACGUCACCACCGACUGGCUAUGGGCUGAACAUAAUAAACUUGAACUUGGACAAUAAUCAAAUCAGCUCCUUGCAAGGCAAUGCGUUCGAUGGUUUGAGAAGUCUACAUUUCUUAGAUAUUUCAGGUAACCAAAUUUCCAGCCUUCCUGCAGGCAUCUUCAAAGACCUAGUAAAUCUUAACACUCUGUUUUUGUACGGGAAUCGAAUCAGCUCCUUGAAAGGCAAUAUCUUCGAUGGUUUGAGAAGUUUAAAAAUCUUAUAUCUUCAUAAUAACCAAUUGUCCUGCCUACCUGUAGGCAUCUUCAGCAACCAAGCAAAUCUAACACGUCUGACACUUCGACAUAAUCCGUUCACACUUUCAGAGGAGUUGUGUAGCUUUGUCUUUGUGCUACCACUUACUGCUAAUGAUGUGGAUGGUCACACUGCAGUUGACCAGAAUGUUCUUAACUACGUCACCAAUAAUCUAAUCCAAGUUAGUAUCUCCAUUUCGCAUAUAACCAGAACCAGAGUCAGAGCUAAUGUCUCAUUGAGCGACAUCAGCAGCAUAAGCAAAUGGUGUGUAAACUACUCCCGCACUCACCUAGCAGGUGUUUCGUCACUCGGAGUAACAAAGACAAUCUGCACGAACAACAUCACUGGCACUCUGGAUAUCACAUCCAUCGAUACAAAUGCUACCUACUCCCUAUUUGCUUAUGGCUUGAGUCCUGGUGACAGCAUCAAACAUUGCAAGUCACCAUCCACAACAAUUCUUGGUACAACUUGCCCGACACCAACCGUUCUCAAUGGCAUUCUCGUACCGUCGCCAUUUCCCAACAUGAUCGGUAGUAACUACACUGUGACGUGUAACACAAGAUAUGUCAUGCUUGGACAGUCAUUUAUCACAUGCAAUGACAGCCAGCAAUGGUCUCCCGCAGUCCCAACGUGUCAUUUAGAGAAGCCUGACCCUCCAGCUCAGCUUAAACUUCUUGAUAACGUACCUGAUUUCAUUGAGGUUGAAUGGGUUGAACCCACCACCAACAAUGCUCCUAUCACGGUCUACGGCAUAGAGUUUUCUUAUACUGACUGUUUGAGUCAGACCAUUACUAACCUAACCCAAGUUCAUCCCUCUUUACGGAAGGUAACAAUUGGAGUAGAGCCAAGCCAGAACUAUACUGUUCGCAUUCGUGCUACUAACAGUAUCGGAACUGGAGACUACAGUACCCAGCUUUCUGUGAUCACUAAGGAACAAAACCCAGCUGCUCCACCGCAAAAUGUGUCAGUUCAGAUACUCGCCCCUGACAGUGCGGUCAUUUCCUGGUUACCAAUUCCAUGCAAAGAACAGAAUGGCAAAAUCAUUGCAUACGAAAUCGAAUACAACCUCACAAUGGUUCGUCAAACCGAUCACCGCCUGCAGAAUGCAUAUGGCACUGUGAAUGUCGCGCUUGUCGAGUCUGGAAUGACUUCUGUAUAUACUACUAUCUCUAGAUUGGAAGCCUACACUACGUACAAGUUCCGUGUGAGAGGUUCAACAGUGCGUGGGUUUGGCCCCUACAGUGAUUUCGUCCAUAUGCCGCCUUGCACACCUCCUCUAGUACCAAAUGGAAAUCUAUCGCAGAACAUAUUCCAUGUGUACAGCAACGUUACAGUAACAUGCCACAAGGGAUAUAUCAUGUCUGGCAGUGCAACAAUCACAUGCAACGGAAGUCAGCACUGGUCACCUGAUUUCCCGACUUGUCAAAUUCCAUCAGAGCCUCCCAAUAUCGUAAAUCCACCUGCACAGCUACGUGUAAACCAGUAUUCUUCAGCAACAUUCACAUGCGAUGCGAGUGGUGCACCAGCUCCAACCCUGACAUGGUUGUACAAUGGAGCCAUUUUCUUUACAUCAGCAGCAGUGACCAUCACCGAAGAAGCCUUCACCAACGACAAUAUCACUCAGCGAGGAAGUCAAGGAAAAAGAUCUGUUCUAUUUCUCCACAAUGUCACUUACUCGACCAACCUAGGACGCUACACAUGCUUUGCAGCGAAUUUAAGAGCUCCGGAUGCAACAUCCUCUGCGGACCUCAUUAUUUUCGUUCCACCAAAGGUGCUUAAGCCAACGUUGGAUCAGGCAGUAUUGGCAGGACAGACGGUUGAAUUCACGUGCAAUGUGUAUGGUAUACCUAAACCAAGAGUAACCUGGUUUGCUAAUGGGCUGAUUCUACAGAAGGAUGACCUUGUUGGACGCGUCUCUUUCCACAAAGGCGAUCACAUCUUGACAAUCUACACAACAAAAGUUACAGACCCUGACACUUAUCAGUGUGAAGCCAGUAACAAAGAUCAGUAUGCUGGUGGAGUGGUCACAUCCAAUCAAGUGAAGUUGAAUGUCAAAAUCGCACCUGUUAUCAACCCUCCCAUACCCAAGACCGUGUUGUCAUUCGAAGGUUCAUCCGUAAUAGUACCAUGUACAUACACUGGUCAUCCGAAACCAACGCCAAGCUGGUGUAGGUUGGAUAACAAUGGCGACUGCGUUAAGUCUGCGCCGAGCAGUAACUGUCCGGAUUUCACGCCAAUGGAUGAAGGCCAGUUCAUAUAUAUCCUGGUCAUAUCAAAUCUUCAAAGCUGUCACAUUGGUGGCUACCAAUGUUCUGUGAACAAUACAGUAGAUAAGGCCACAGGGCAGUUUCAACUGACCGUGCAAGGUGUGGCCCGUAUUGGCUUGCAGGGCAUUUUCACUUUGCCAAGUGGAUAUCUGGGUGGAACUGAGGACGAAAUCAAGGGUCUUUUCAAACCACAGAUUGUCGACUAUAUAAUUCCGGGAAGACUCGUUAAAAUAGUUCAUUCCUCAUAUCAGGCUGUUGGACAGAGCUCUACUGAAAUCACUGUACAGUGUGAUAUGGACGCUUCAGCUGGUUACAUUGCAGAGAUAUCGGGCAACAGCAGUGAAGAAAACCUUAGAGCCAACUUUACAUCCGCCCUGCAAAACUCAGCAUCAACUUUACGCCUAGCGAAAGCAUCUAAUCUGAGUGUGUUUUCCUAUGAUGUUUGCAGUCCAGAAGUAACUGAUGGAGCAAGACGUGGAAUGUUUUACUGGACUGAGACUUUUGCGAAUGAACUAGAAACACAUCUGUGUCCCGUGGAACUGUCUGAUGGUAUCAUCCGCUAUGCAACCCGUCGGUGUAUACCUACGUCACGCCCUCACAACGUAUCCUUGGUGAUGUCAACAUGGCAAAAACCAGAUAUCACAGACUGUCCAACUCCAGGCACAGCAAAGCUACAGAAACUUGCAAAGGUUGAUUUCAACACCAGCGAACCGCAAUCGGUUCUGAGCAGCUCACUGUCUGUCGCUAACUUAACUAACAACAGUACUGAGCUGACAAGCGAUGACAUCGAUUUUGCCUCGACAGCUAUCUUCAAUCUGGUCACGGCUGUCAGUAAGGAUGAGGUGUUCAACCAAUCCAUAGGGCAGAAGGUUGCUGUGUCAACCUUGGACACUGUCGACAACAUUCUGCAAGUGAAUACGAAUGAAACUGUGGUAGCAGCAUCACCAGCAAAAAGGAUUGCAAAGGCAAUGGAGCGACUUGUGACGUCACUGGUUGUAGAGACUGAUCAGCCUUUCCAGGAGCAAAAGGAGAAUAUUGGAUUUGCAAUCAGCUGCCCAAAGGAGGAUGUAACAGACCAAGCAUUCCGUUCAGCGGGACAAACCAAAGAUGGAAGUUUCUAUGUUGGAGACGUAGACAUACCCGCUUCUGCCAGCACUACCGGUGUCGCAUUUGACAUAACUGGAAGCACUAUAGCUGCCGCAACAGAGUUACUAUCUCUGGGAAAUGACUCACUUUGCAAUGUGGCACCAACACGCUACAUUUUGUACAAAACUCAGACACUGUUCCGAGAUUCCAAUCUGAGUGCAAACACAUCUGUUCAAUCAGAGAUUAUCAGCGCCCAAGUUGGAGAGGAACGUCUGGAGAAUCUUCAGCAGCCGGCAAUAAUGUCGUUUGAUUUAUUGGGUGUAACACCUGCUGAGUCCGCUGGUGAAGCCAAAUGCGUUUUCUGGGACUUCGACAAAGAUGAUGGCAAUGGAGGAUGGAGUGACUGGAACUGCACUACUUUCCGUGAUGGGACAACGGGGAACAGAACAGUUUGCCAGUGCGGUCACCUCACCAACUUUGCCGUCCUAUUUACUCGUCACAUUUCAGCAAAGGACUCCACCGGCGAGAAAGCACUGAAAUAUAUAUCCAUCGUAGGCUGUGCAAUAUCUAUGCUGGGACUUCUCGCAACCCUGAUGCUGAUUCUGGCUAUACCGAAACUUCGUGACAGUGUCCAUCAUAGGAUGAUAUUUGGACUUUGUUCAACUCUUCUACUAUUCCUGGCCAUAUUCACCGUCGUUCUAUACUAUGAACAUUUAGCCAAGAGUACUGCUGUAUGCCAGGGCCUGGCAAUGGCCAUGCACUAUCUUCUUCUGUGCGCGUUCAUGUGGAUGUCUGUGGAUGCCACGAUGCUCUACAAGAGUGUAGUGAUAGUGUUUGACCAGCCCGGCCGUUUGCAGCAAAGACUUCUAUGCAUAUCUGUAUUUGUGAUUCCGAUGGUUAUCGUUGGAGUUGCAGGCGGUGUUACCAAACUGGAUAUGUAUGGAAGUGACAACUUAUGCUGGAUCAAGGCGGAUGCUGCUUUCUUUGGAAGUUUAGUUGCACCUAUGGCCGUCUCCCUUCUCUACAACGCUGGUGUUUUCAUUGCUGUCGUCCAUUCACUUCGCCCUCGAAACAAAAAGAUUGGAGCGGUGAAGGCAGCAAAGUCAAAGGAUGUGUCUGUGCUCAGAAUUAUCGUGUCAUUGUCCGUUCUUCUCGGACUCACCUGGUUCUUUGGUUUUUUGGUUCUUUUUCGUGAUCAGAUCGUCUUUCAGUAUAUCUUCACGGCUCUAAAUUCUCUGCAAGGCUUUGCUAUUUUCCUCCACACAAUCAGAGGACAGGAAGCCAACAAGCAUAUUUCAGAAAUGUUUUCUUCGACGAAGCGCGCCACAGACACCCAAAGCGGAAAGCCAGCAUCCCGACUUAAGCACGUGGCCUCCAAAAACUUCGAAAAGUUGGAAAACGUGUCAGGGAGCCACGGUACGAUGCUUUCAACACUCGACCGAACUACAGACGAGGUGAGUACAAUGGUCACCCAGGAUCAAGGGACGCGUAGUGGAACUCUUCUUUCAGAUGUGUGCAGCAUGGCAGCUGAGAACCGCAUUUACCCACCGUCCCCUACAAGCGAGCCCAGAUGCCUUUUAUCACUCGACGCUCACUCGCCUGCGUCUGAGAGCAUCCCAAUGAAAGAUUUGGGGCAAGACAACAAGCAGCCUCGCGCAAGUGACGGAAAGACUGUGAGCCUAGGGAUGCUGGGGAAACCCUUCAAAUUCGUGAAGUACCAAAGCCCAGAUGCUGGUCUGCCACAGGCUCAUGAGACCGUAUUUUCUCCACUAUAAGCCCAGCGCUUAUAUUUUUUCAACCAGUCCGGACCCCGAGCUUAUAUAGACUGGGCUUCUACAAGAGACUGGGCUUAUAAUUUUCCAGUAUCCCAAUGGAAGAUGAGUAGACUGCUCUGGAUGCCACACGCACCCGUCACAUGAAGGCAUGCCUUCUCUAAUUUUUUGUCAUUGCAUUAUUCAAAGACACCGUGUGUAUAGUCUCCAAUGAUGACGUAUGCAAAACUAUAAUUAUGAUUAUUAUCUAGUUGCCUGCUCUGCUAAACAUACGAUUAUAAUCAGUGCGUCUUAUUCACUAGGUACACUGCAUUCUUGCUUAUGUGGUUUGAAAGAAUUCAUGUAAAAGUGUAUGUUCAUUUUUCAUUUGCAAGUAUAUUGUUAGCACACGCAUUGGUUAUUGCUCCCGCUUUCAUUGCUAAAAUUCACACUGGUAAAUUUCACUGCUGUUGUUCUUAGUGUUAUUUCUCUAACUAAGAUUUUCUAUAAUAGUUCGAUUUUGUUUUCAUUGUCCUUUAGCACAACGACGAUUAUUGAUGAGUGUUAUACGAAAGCUUGUUUGAAUCCCUAUUUUCUCUACACUGUUUCUUCAUAUUUUUAUCGUUUCAUUGCACAUUGUCUCCACAGUUUCACAUUGCAUGAAUAAAGUGUACACAAAUGUCGA